AUGCUAGGUAUAGCGAGCUCUAUUCACCGGUUUCUAAAUGCUGCCCUCCAUUUCUUGAAGCUAGUACAAAACCGUGAAGUGGGCUGGCUAACAGUCGACCGGAAGACUGGAACAUACAGACGCGAACAGCAGACAAUAUGGAAGAAGUUCAAGCUCCUGCUGUUGUUUAAUCCGAUAAUGGAAUGGAUUGACCAGACCCAUCUUCUGCGCCUUUGGACGCAUGAGAAAAACGUCGCUGCAGGACGCCGAGAGGGCAAAUCGAAGUCCCAUUGGCAAAUUAAAGGCUUCAUUGAAUUCUAUGGAAUCGACAUGUCUGAAUUCGAGCCCUCUGAUCCCGAGAGCUACCCUACAUUCGAAGAUUUCUUUACUCGGAAGCAUAGUCAGAAUGCGAGGCCCAUAUACGCCGAAACGGAGCCAUCCAAAGCUGUCGUUGCGGCCGACUCCCGAGUGGUCGUAUAUCCGACUGUUGAGAAGGCCAAGGCAUUGUGGGUGAAAGGCAGCGACUUUACGAUCGCAAACUUGAUUUUAGAUGAUCAACUUGCAGACACAUGGGAUAAUGGUGCUGUUGCAAGUUUUCGCCUUAGCCCGCAAGACUACCAUCGGUACCAUUCGCCUGUUGAGGGGAAAGUGAAAUGGUACAAACACAUUCGGGGGGAUUACUUCCAGGUCGACCCGGUGGCUUUGCAUAGUUCGGUUAAUAUUUUGACCGAGAAUGCAAGAUCUUGCCUCUGCAUUGAAAGUGAGGUCUUCGGCAAUGUUCUUUUUGUAGCAAUUGGGGCUACAGAUGUAGGGACAGUGAAGAUCCACGAUGAAUUACAAACGAACGGUUAUCAUGUCAGAAAGGGUGAGGAGAUUGGCCUAUUUCAGUUCGGCGGCUCAAGUAUAUUGGUAGCAUUUUCAAAAGGGCGUAUUCAAUUUGACCCGGACCUAGAAAGGCUCAGCUGUCAGCAGAUCAUGACUGACGUUCAAGUUGGUGAUAGCCUAGGCCAAGUGUGUAGGCACUGA